UGCAGUGCUCCGCCCGCCCCGAGGCACUGCGAGAUGGCGGAGGCCGGGCGAGUCUUCCACUGUUUGCUGGCGGCUUUGUGCGGAGUCUUCGCACUCUUCUCCCCGGCAGCUGCGGCCUCCAGGCUCCGCACUCACAAUGGCAUGAAUGUCCUGUUUAUAGUUGUGGAUGACCUGCGUCCUGUUUUGGGUUGUUAUGGAGAUAACCUUGUGAAAUCUCCAAACAUUGAUCAACUUGCUUCUCAAAGUAUUGUGUUCAGCAAUGCAUAUGCACAGCAAGCUGUGUGUGCACCAAGCAGAGUGUCAUUCCUUACUGGACGCAGACCUGAUACUACCCGGCUGUAUGACUUCUAUUCCUAUUGGAGAGUGCAUUCAGGAAACUAUUCCACAAUGCCCCAGUAUUUCAAAGAGAAUGGCUACAUGACCAUGUCUGUGGGGAAAGUUUUUCAUCCUGGAGUUUCAUCCAAUUACAGUGAUGACUAUCCAUACAGCUGGUCCAUUCCACCCUUUCAUCCUUCUACUGAAAAAUACGAAAAUGAUAAGACCUGCAGGGGAAAAGAUGGAAGACUUUAUGCCAACUUGGUGUGCCCAGUAGAUGUGACAGAAAUGCCCGGUGGUACUCUGCCUGAUAUUCAAUCCACUGAAGAGGCCAUACGUUUACUGAAUGUUAUGAAAACCAAGAAGCAAAAAUUCUUCCUGGCUGUUGGUUACCAUAAGCCACAUAUCCCUUUGAGGUACCCACAGGAAUUCCUGAAGUUGUACCCCCUGGAAAACAUCACUUUAGCCCCAGAUCCCUGGGUGCCUGAGAAACUGCCUCCUGUGGCAUACAACCCUUGGAUGGAUAUCAGACAGAGAGAUGAUGUGAAAGCAUUGAAUGUUACUUUCCCUUACGGACCACUUCCAGAUGACUUCCAGAGGCUGAUUCGUCAGAGCUACUAUGCAGCAGUUUCUUACCUGGAUAUGCAGGUCGGCCUGCUCUUGAAUGCUUUAGAUGAUGUAGGACUCUCAAAUAGCACAAUAGUAGUUUUUACUGCUGAUCAUGGAUGGUCCCUGGGAGAACAUGGUGAAUGGGCAAAAUACAGCAAUUUUGAUGUUGCUACCCAAGUGCCACUGAUGUUUUAUGUACCAGGAAUGACAACUUCGUCUGCUAGGCAAGGAGGGAGAGUCUUCCCCUACCUUGAUCCAUUUAGCCAUAUUUUAGGCUUGGGACCGCAAGGACAAAGCACAAAAAUGGUAGAGCUCGUCUCUCUGUUUCCAACACUUGCUGAACUUGCUGGCCUGCAGGUUCCUCCUGCGUGCCCAGGUGCUUCAUUUCAUGUUGCACUGUGUACUGAGGGGGCAAGCAUUGUCCGGUAUUUUAAGUCCUCUGAACAGAAGGUACUGAUGAAGGAGGAUGGUUGUAAUGACACUGACAAGUGUUACAGUGAAGAACCUAUUGCAUUCAGCCAAUAUCCCCGGCCUGCAGACACUCCGCAAUGGGACUCUGACAAGCCGAAGCUAAAAGACAUCAGAAUCAUGGGCUAUUCCAUGCGUACAAUUGACUACAGAUAUACUGUAUGGGUUCAGUUUAAUCCUGAGAACUUCAGUGCUAACUUUGAGGAUAUCCAUGCAGGAGAGUUGUACAUGAUGGAGACUGAUCCAAACCAGGAUAAUAACAUCUAUAACAAUACCUUGCAUCGUCAUCUUUACCAAAAAAUGAUUGACUUCCUGAAGCAUUAAGCAUCAGGAACUUUGUAUGGAGCGCUUCCUUUGUUUUUGGUAUGGCACCUUUCUGCUGUGCAGAAAGCACGUGGACAGAAUUAAAAUCACAUUUGUAU